AUUUAUAAAAAAAAAAAAUUUCCCACUUUACUUUUUUAUCAUUUUAUUUUUCUUUCUUCUUUAAAUAUUUUGACUUUUUCUUUUUUAUUUUGUUGAUUUCUUAACAUGAAGUUUUCUCAUUCACUGCAAUUUAAUGCAGUUCCUGAUUGGAUAAGCUAUUAUGUUGCUUAUGAUCACUUGAAGAAACUUAUAUUCCAAAUUGAAAAAGAAAAAGUAGAUGCCCUGAAUUUUAAUGCUGAUCCCGAGAAAAUCAUAUCUCAAGUAAUGACAGAGGGUGAUACUAGAUUCAUGAGUCAGUUAGACGUUGAACUUGAAAAGGUCUUAAAUUUCUAUUCUGAAAAGGAAACUGAGCUUUAUAAUAAACUUGAGGCUCUUAACAAGGAAUUAUCAGCAGAUUCAUCAAAUCGAAAUUCGCAUGGUAAUCAUCAUUAUCCUAAUUUAGUCACUCCUUUAGAAAAAUUAGACUCUACAGAGGUGGUCCAUGGAGUUAAAAAUUCAAAUACAAAUCGAAAAAUGUCUUUUGAGUCUCAUUUGUCGACACAAUCCAAUCAUGCAUAUUAUCAAGAUUAUGUUGACCAGUUAUUUGAUCUUCGUAGCCAGCUUAUCUCUCUCUAUAUUUCUUUGUCUGAACUGGAUUCAUACAUUGAAUUAAAUCGUAUUGCCUUUGAAAAAAUCUUGAAAAAGCAUGACAAGGUGUUAGAUGGGGACCUGCGUACUUUAUAUUUAAAGAAAAUGGUUUUAGAGUCUAGACCCUUUAUGCCACAAACAAUAGAUGCAUUGCGCGCUCAAAUUGAACAUGUAGAACGAAUUUAUGCUGAAUCCUUUUGUAAUGGUUAUCUCCCUUUAGCAAUUCGUCAAAUGAAGACUCAUUUACGAGAACAGAUCGCUUAUGAUCGUACUACGGUCUGGAAGGACAUGGUGGGUCAAGAACGUAAAAUACUAGAUGCUCAUGUUAAAGACAAUAAACCAGAAAAAUACUAUAAAAUACCGUUUAGUGAAAAAAAUAUUCGUAGUGAAUUAUUCAAUAGUAUCCUUGCCUUCUUGUUCUCUCUCAUCUUGUUCAUCAUCUUGCUUAAUGUAAAUAUCUUUGAUAAUCGUCAAGAAAAUUAUUGCUUUGCUUUACUUAUCUUUGCUGCCGUCAUGUGGGCUACUGAAGCAAUCCCUCUUUAUGCUACUUCACUUUUGAUUCCCUUCUUGAUUGUCCCACUUGGUAUCAUGCGUAAUUCAGAUGGUACAAUCAUGACAGCCAAAAAUGCUGCCUCCUCUGUAUUUCAUUCUAUGUUUAGCGGGACGAUUAUGAUGUUAUUAGGUGGAUUUGCACUCGCUGCUGCUCUUUCAAAAUACGGUAUCGCUAAGGCAUUUGCCUCUCAUGUUCUCUCACGAGCUGGUACACGACCACGUUGGGUUCUUUUAGCAAUCAUGUCUGUGGCUACAUUUUUAUGCAUGUGGAUCUCAAAUGUAGCCACUCCUGUUCUUUGCUUCUCAUUAAUUCAGCCGAUUUUACGAACAUUACCGGAUGGCUCCCCUGUAGCACCUUGUCUUUUAUUAGGUAUUGCCUUAGCGAGUUGCAUAGGUGGCAUGACAUCUCCUAUUUCAUCCCCUCAAAAUAUUGUCACUUUACAAUAUAUGAAUCCUAAUCCAGGAUGGGGUAUCUGGUUCGGUGUCGCACUCCCAAUCUCUAUUAUUAGUCUCGUUAUCUGUUGGGCGAUUCUUCUGUUAGUCUAUCGUCCAGAUAGAUCUGUACCUCAUCUUAAUCGAAUUAAAGCGACUCGUGAUAAAAUUACAUGGCAACAAGUCUUUGUCAUGUCCAUCACUCUGAUAACAAUUGCGUUGUGGUGUGCUGAAUCAUCACUUGAGAGUCAUCUUGGCGAUACUGGUGUGAUUGCUGCUAUCCCCCUCUUUGUCUUUUUUGGAACAGGUAUCCUUGGCAAAGAUGAUCUAAAUGCAUUUCUUUGGUCAGUUGUGGUUCUAGCUCAGGGCGGUAUGUCACUCGGUAAUGCUGUCACCUCAUCAGGGCUAUUAGAGGAUAUUGCACUUCGAAUUAAAGAUGGUGUACAAGAUUUACAACCUAUCGCCAUCCUUGCUAUCUUUGCCUUUCUUAUCUUGGUCUUUUCUACUUUUGUUUCUCAUACUGUAGCUGCAUUGAUCAUUGUUCCUAUUGUACAGCAGGUAGGCCAGAAUUUACCUGUACCUCAUCCAAAUCUUUUGGUAAUGGGAGCUGGUUUAGCUUGUUCAGCAGGAAUGGGUCUUCCUGUAUCAGGUUAUCCUAAUAUGUCUGCUAUCAUGAUGGAAGAUCAAAGGGGCAAACCCUACUUAAAGACAAAAGAUUUUAUCAUUGUAGGUAUCCCUACAAGUAUCUUUGUUACUUUACUUAUUUUCACCCUUGGCUAUGGUAUCAUGAUAGGUGUUGGUUAUUAAAAAAAAAAAAAAUAGAUGCACAUAUCUUAUCCACAUACAUAUUGUAAUUCUCCCUCACAUCUCCCUCUCCCCCUCCUUUUUUUUUUAUUUUAUUUUACAAUGCUGAUAUACAUAUUAAUUUAACUACUAUCACAUUCAUAAUAUACCAACCAUAGUUUAAACUUUUCUUUUCAUAACUUUACCUUGAUUAUAUACUACUACUACUACUACUUUUUUUUUUCCUUUCUUUCAAGACAAAAUAAAUAUUUAGAAGAUAACAAACUAAAUUGUG